GGCCUAUAAUGGGCCAAGAAAUAGAUUUGGACGGUAACAACCCAACCUUCACAUUCUCGAUUAUCCACGUCGUAGUUUCACCGUCGAUAUUCUCCUCUCUCUCUCUCUCUCUCUAUCUAUCCAUCCAUGGCGGAAAAACCUUCAAACGAGACUAUCCUUGAGCAGCUUAAAAAUGGAGUUGCGAAGUUCGAGCUCGUCUCAGUCACCGCUCGUUCCAUUUCAACUCAUGAUUAUCAAACAUUUCAGCCGUCUUUUUCCGGAACCAGUCACCGGUUCUUUGCUAGAAUCAGUCCACCAAUUGGAAACGGAGGAUCACCGGCCAUGAAGAAAGUGGAACGUUACUCGGUUCUGAGAGUUACUGGAGAUGGUCGUUGCCUAUUUCGUGCACUGGCCAAGGGAAUGGCUAUGAACAAGGGAAUUCCUCUUAGCCCACGGGAUGAAAGGGAGGAUGCAGAUGAUUUACGGAUGGCUGUAAAAGAGGUUAUAUGUAACAAUGGCAAAGAACGCCAUCAAUACGAAGAAGCACUAGUAGCCAUUACUGUUGACGAGUCUUUGAAACGUUACUGUCAACGCAUUGGAAGACCUGAUUUUUGGGGUGGAGAGUCAGAAUUACUGGUGCUAUCAAAGCUGAUUAGGCAGCCAAUCACCGUGUACUUGCCAGAGCAUGAGCAUACUAGGGGUGGACGGGGUACUGGUUUUAUACCGAUAGCAGAAUAUGGAGCUGAGUUUAGCAAAGGUUCAGUUACAAGAAAGCCGAAAAAGGUGGUAAGACUUUUAUACACCGGUAGAAACCACUAUGAUCUACUCAUCUGAGAUUAGCCGAACAAAAAACAGACAGAAUAGAUAUGAUGUCAUUCUUAUUCAAAGAUGAUGAACAAGCCUUAAGGAAUGCCUUGUAAUUUUGAAUUCAAUUAAAUUUUCUGUCUUUGUAUUUGUUUACUAAAUUUUGAAUUACAUAAUAGUUAACAUUUUCUUUCUUUUAUCAUUAGCUGUUUUGGUUUUUUAUUACUAAUACCAGAGUGGUACUUGGACAAAUACUUCAACGCUUAUGGUAUCAUUGAAAAAUAAAAGUGGCCCUUCGACUCGUCAAUGGUUGUUUCCA